AUCUGCGCCCGGUGUAGACUUACUGGGGAUGUGUAAACUGCAGGGCUGGGGAUUAGAGCUGGGGGGUGAUCUCUAUGUGUGAAGGGGGAAGGAGGAGGAGACAUACUGCACAGACUGGAGGUAUCAGUGACCAGGUGACCAAUGGGACCCCACCAGAGCCUCCCCUCCUAUAAGUCCUGGGUGGAGCCUCUGCUCUCUCUCUCUUUGCUGAGGUCCAGUCGAGUCGUGCCAUAGUGUGUGUUCAGAGUCAUAGGAGCCUCAAGUCCAGUCUGCAGCCACAAGCUACAAACCUGCAAUCUGAUUUUUUGACAUCAGCGACUGGGACUCCCAUUGGUGAUAAAACCACUUCACUGACCGUGGGCCCUCGAGGGCCAAUACUCCUCCAGGAUACAAUGUUCAUUGAUGAAAUGGCUCACUUUGUCCGAGAACGGAUUCCAGAGCGGGUGGUGCAUGCCCGUGGGGCAGGAGCGUUUGGUUUUUUUGAAGUCACUCAUGAUAUCACCAAGUAUUGCAAAGCCAAGGUGUUUGAGUUUAUUGGGAAGAGGACGCCCGUAGCUGUUCGGUUCUCUACUACAACUGGAGAAUCGGGGACCUCAGAUGUUGUUAGAGACCCUCGGGGAUUUGCUGUUAAAUUCUAUACAGAAGAAGGAAACUGGGAUAUUGCUGGGAACAACACUCCAAUAUUCUUCAUAAGAGACCCCAUUUUGUUCCCAUCACUUUCUCACGCUCAGAAGAGAAACCCUCAGACACACCGUAAGGACCCGAACAUGCUAUGGGAUUUCUUGAGCCUGCGUCCUGAAACCCUUCACGAGGUCACCCACUUAUUUUCGGACAAAGGGAUUCCUGAUGGAUUUCGACACAUGAAUGGAUAUUCAAACCAUGCUUUUAAACUGGUGAAUUGCCGAGGGGAGGUUGUGUAUGCAAAAUUCAACUACCAGACCAACCAGGGGGAGAAAACUCUGUCCAAAGAGGCUGUAAAGAAAUUGGCGGCAACAAACCCUGACUAUGCCAUUAAAGAUCUUGAAGAAGCAAUAUCUCGGGGGGACUUCCCUUCCUGGACAUUGUCCAUCCAGGUCAUGACCUUAGAGCAAGCCAAGAAGUUGCCAUAUAAUCCUUUCGAUAUCACAAAGGUUUGGUACCACGAGGAGUUCCCUGAAAUACCAGUGGGGAAGUUUACAUUAAACAGGAACCCUGUCAACUACUUUGCUGAAGUGGAGCAGAUCGCCUUCUCACCACAUAACCUGGUACCCGGAAUAGAGCCCAGUCCUGACAAGAUUUUGCAUGGGCGCAUGUUUGCCUAUGCAGAUGCUCAGCGGUAUCGGCUGGGAGUGAAUUUCACUCAGAUUCCAGUAAACGCCCCCAAGUGUAUGGCAGCAAACGUAGAGAGAGACGGGUUAAUGGCGAUGGGUGACAACCAAGGAAAUGCUCCAAAUUAUUAUCCAAACAGUUUCGGAGGUCCCCAAGACAAACGUGAGUUCGUGGAAACCCCAUUCUGUAUAUACGGGGAUGUGGACAGACACAAUGAUUCAAAGGAAGAUAAUGUGUCUCAGGUUAGAAGAUUCUAUCGCGAGGAGCUGACGGAAGACGAGCGACAGAGGCUUUGUGAGAACAUCGCGGAAAGUCUGUGUCAAGCCCAACUUUUCAUUCAGAAGAGAGCGGUAAAGAACUUCACAGAAGUGCAUCCUGACUAUGGGUACAGAGUGAUGGCCGAACUGGAUAAACUGGGAGCAGCCAAGCAGGAACAAGCACCACAAGUACCACAAGAACAUCAGGCCCCUAUAUUACAGAAGGUGAACCUACACUAAGCUGUAUCCCCGUCCACCAUAUUGUUCUCCCAUAGGAUUAGACCACUGAUAUUCUUGUUUAUUUGGACUUUAAUCCGCUCCCAACACACGAUGUUCUGGAGAUGACACGUUCUGUAUGUCCUGUGGGUGUAAAAUUAUCUGGAUGUGAAAGGGUUACACCAGAAGUGAGGUUUAUAACAAGUCCAUUCAUUUGGUCUUCUGAGGGGGUCUCCUAAAUAAUUCCUAAAUCGGGCCUCUGUGGACCAUCCAUGAAACCGGAGUUAUAAUAGGAUUGACCACUAGGUGUCAGUGUUAUAAAGAUGUAUUGGAAGAAAUUGUCCCAAAAAUCUAAUUACAGGGGUAUUCCACAA